UUGUCUUUGAACGGACAGCCUCAGAAACCAGAAAAAUAAGGGCAAAAUUUUCUUUAAAAAAAAGUCCAAAAAGAUCUGCCUUCAGAUUCCUUGAAUUUGGUAAACGAAGGAAAGACACGUAAACACUCUACUAAUCCCAUUCAAUUCAACCAGCAACUGUUGCUUGCUUGUUUCUCCUUCUCUCGUUUUCCACUAAGGGACUGCCUUUCUCUUUCAAUCGUUGCAUUCCUUAACAAGAAACAAGAAACGCCUUAGAACCCAAUAAAUAUCAUUGCUCCUUAUUCAAGAAUUCGUAGCCAUCUUCUUUACUGGUGUUUUCUGCUGAUAUGACAGUAAUACUGGCUUCACACAGUUGUUAUUCCUGCAAUUAUGAAAUGAUGAAUCAAGGAAGAGCAGUGGGUACUCUCAGUUUCUCGGGAUCUAUUUCAAAUAAUUUUGUGAAUCUCGAGAGGCAAAUAUAUUGUCUGCCUAUGACAGGUAAGUCAUUCAGGUUUCAAGUUGAAAUGCAACAAACUGAACCAACCCCAAAAGUAGGAAUCAAUGGCCGAGCUGUUAAAAUGGUGCCUGCGAGUGAAGUAGUGAAAAGACAGGCUCCUGCCACUAGGAAAGUGGAGCAGGUAAAUGGUGUAAAGCAGGUUAUAAAUGGAAAUGGUGCUAGCAUAGUUAGGAGAAAAAACAGUCCAUCCCUUGUAAAGAUGCCUAUAUCGAGAGUGUCUAAAGACCUUCCACCAUUAGAGGAGUUAAAGAUUCUGCCUUCAGAUGAAAAUUUCAGUUGGGCCAAUGAGAAUUACAGUUCCUUGCAAAGGAGUAUAGAUGUUUGGUCUUUUGUUAUUUCUUUACGUGUACGAGUUCUAUUGGACAAUGCCAAAUGGGCAUAUGCAGGGGGCUUCACUGAGGAUAAGCAGAAAAAGAGGAGAAGAACAACUGCCUCAUGGCUAAGAGAGCGUGUAUUGCAACUCGGUCCCACUUUUAUUAAGCUUGGACAGUUAUCAUCGACAAGAUCAGAUUUAUUUCCGCGUGAGUUUGUCGAUGAGCUUGCCAAAUUGCAGGAUAAAGUCCCUGCAUUCUCUCCAAAGAAAGCAAGGGGCUUCAUUGAGAAGGAACUGGGAGCUCCUAUUCAUGUACUGUUUAAGGAAUUUGAGGACCAGCCAAUUGCUGCAGCUAGCCUUGGUCAGGUACAUCGGGCUGUUCUGCAUAAUGGGGAGAAAGUUGUUGUCAAGGUUCAAAGGCCUGGUCUUAAGAAGCUUUUCGACAUCGAUUUACGAAAUCUAAAGCUAAUUGCUGAGUAUUUUCAAAAUAGUGAAACUCUUGGUGGUCCAUCAAGAGAUUGGGUUGGUAUAUAUGAGGAAUGCUCGACGAUUUUGUAUCAAGAAAUUGAUUAUAUAAAUGAAGGGAAAAAUGCUGAUAGGUUUCGUCGAGAUUUUCGAAAUAUAAAGUGGGUCCGCGUACCUAUGGUGUUUUGGGAUUACACUGCUACAAAGGUGUUGACGUUGGAGUAUGUACCAGGCAUUAAAAUCAAUCAAUUAGAUGCAUUAGAUGCUCGAGGAUAUAAUCGUUCUCGAAUUUCAUCACAUGCCAUUGAAGCAUACUUGAUUCAGAUACUGAGAACUGGUUUCUUUCAUGCUGAUCCGCAUCCUGGAAAUCUUGCUAUUGAUGUAGAUGAAUCAAUCAUCUAUUAUGAUUUUGGCAUGAUGGGGGAGAUUAAAUCUUUCACUCGUGAGAGAUUGCUAGAACUUUUCUAUGCAGUGUAUGAGAAAGAUGCGAAAAAGGUUAUGCAGAGCCUCAUAGAUCUUGGAGCUCUUCAACCCACAGGAGAUUUGUCCUCGGUGAGGAGAUCCGUGCAAUUCUUCUUGGACAAUUUAUUGGACCAGAGGCCAGAUCAGGACACUACUUUAGCUGCAAUAGGAGAGGAUUUGUUUGCAAUAGCUCAGGAUCAACCAUUCCGGUUCCCAUCCACAUUUACCUUUGUUUUGAGAGCAUUUUCCACACUCGAAGGUAUUGGCUACAUACUUGAUCCUAAUUUCUCCUUUGCAAAGAUUGCUGCACCUUAUGCACAGGAGCUUUUAGAUAUUAGACAAAGGCAGCGAACAGGGAGCCAACUAGUGCAAGAGAUAAGGAAACAAGCUGAUGAUGCCAGGUCCUACACCAUGUCUAUGCCCUACAGAGUUCAGCGAAUAGAGGAAAUCCUUAAACAACUUGAAUCAGGAGAUUUGAGACUCCGAGUCCGGGUGCUAGAGUCUGAGAGAGCUGCACGGAAGGCAACAAUUCUGCAAAUGGCAACCAUGUACACAGUACUAGGAGGGACCCUGGUAAACCUAGGUGUCACCUUCAGCAGUCAGGGAAGCCAAAUUAUUGCAAACGGAUCAUUCGUUGGAGCAGGAGUUUUCUUGACACUUUUUCUUAGGUCAAUGCAAAGGGUGAAGAAGCUUGAUAAAUUCGAGAAGAUGAUAUGAUGUUAAAACUCACAAGGCAAAGGAUUUAUUUCAUGUAUAUGCUCAUUGAUCAGUCAGUUAACUGCCUUAUUCGCAUCAAAUUAAAUUUAUAUGUAAUUUUUUUCCCUCAUAUUUGAGGAUGUUCCAUUUGACUUUCAUAUUAAGCACCCGAAGAAGAAAAAAAGACGAGGGAAAUGCCUCCCUGCUGGGAAAUAUAUAGAUAUGUAAUAAAAGAUGCUUUCAACAGUAGAAAAGGAAAAUUCCAGUUCAGCAACA